AUGAAGAUCUCGAUAAUAGCCGUUCCCUGGCUUGGAGCUUUACUCCUCGCAUUGCCUGUCAUGGCCUCACCUACUCUACCCAAUUCGGCGGCUCGCGAUAUUUUGAGCCAUCCUCUCAUUGCUCGGGAGCCCAGUGACGGCCCCAUCAUCGCCCGCGAGCCCAGUGACGGCCCCAUCAUCGCCCGUGAGCCCAGUGACGGUCCUAUCAUCGCGCGUGGGGAGUCAUUUUAG